AUGGAAAAGAUAUACAGAGAGGGAGGACGGAAGAAGAAGCGCGUGAACGCGCACCGCUCGAGGCCCAUCCUCUUCGAAGCAGAGUCCGAAGAAGAAGAAGAGUUCGAGCUCGAGGUAGAGGUUAACAACCCCAAAAAGAACUGGACGUGUGCCGCGUGCACGUUUCGCAACAAGUACUCCUCUUCCUUCUGUACCCUGUGCCACCAGGAUCGCUACCAACAGUCGGAAAGCUCUCAAGAAGAAGAGGAGGAGCAGGGCGCCCUGCAAUCCGAACUUCGGACGGUGCGCCAGCGUUUGGUGCCGAAGAAGAAACCCGACCACAACCCUUUCCGCGCCAAGAAGCGAGCACUCGACUCGCCGCCAUCAACCCCCAAGAAAGCGUUGGUCCGCCUGGCAACGGCAAAGGCUACGACCACGACCACGGCCACUGUCACGUCGCCGUUCGUGUUUGGCGCGCCGCCGUCCUUGUCAUCUACCACACCCGGCGGCCUCUUCGGCGUGUUUGACUCCUCAAAGAUGGUGAUCAAGUUCACCGGCGGCAGCGAAAACGAAACCAUGAAGCAGGAGAAGAAGGAGAAAGAGAAGAAUAAAGAGGAAGAGGAGGUGGAAGAGAGCACUAGUGACAAGGAGCAGCACAAGGGCGCCCAGGCGGUGUACGAGCUGUCCGUGCCCGAACUCGAGAAGCAGAUCAAGACGCUUGAUCUGAGCCUGGUCUCGGUGAAUGCCACAAAGGCGGACCUCACUGAGCGGCUGACCAGCGUUGAGGCCCAGAUCACCGACCUCACCGAUCGCAAGACCCUCCUGCAAGCUCUGGUCAAGAUCAGGAAGGACAACGAGCGGCUGGAAAAGGAGGCAAACCGAGCGCAGCAGCGGAGGACCGAGGUGGAGGACGCGAUCGCGCAGGCGCGCCGCGAGCUCGAGGCACUGAGCCUCGAGAGGGACCAGCGCACUGAGGAGCUCGAGCGCGUCAAGCAGGAGAAGAUCGAGAUCAAGCAGCUGGCCGCCAAGAAGAAGGAAGUCGAAGAUUUGGCGUCGGAGCUGGAGAGCAGGAAGACGGCGGCGGAUGCGCUGCGGGCGCGGCUGGAGGAGGCGGAGACCACCCUCGCGGCCGACCGGGAGAGUCUCGACGAGGAACGGCAGGCCCUGGCCGAGGAAAAGCUCAAGAUGAACAACCUCCAGGAGUUUGCCUCGCGCAAGGUGAAGCUCAACGUCGGUGGCACCUACUUCCAGACCUCCCUCACCACGCUUACCCAAGUGCCCUCCAUGUUUUCUGCCAUGUUCAGCGGCAAGUACCGGAUGGAGGCCGACGAAGACGGCUGCUAUUUUAUCGACAGGGAUCCGACGCAUUUUCGCUACGUGCUCAACUUUCUCCGGGACUCGCGCAUCGAGGUGCCCGUGGAAGGAAGCAAGGCCCUCGUGCGGGAGCUGCUGGCCGAGGCCGAGUUCUACCAGGUGGAAGGGCUCAUCGCCCUUCUCGCCCCUGAUGAUCACGACGCGGCCUCCGGCGGGGGAGCUCCCCCCUUCGCCUUCACCUUCUCGAGCUCCACGCCCCCACCAUCUGCCUUCUCCUUUUUCUGGUUUAUUGCUACUGCGGCGCACGCCUGCUGA